AUGUACAGAAUAGAUGUUUCAGAUUUUUAUGACUUCCAAGCCUUCAGAAAUAUGUGUCCAUUUAGAGACUAUAACAAAGCAGUCGAGAAUUUGAAACGUUUAGUCAUUUAUGUCGACUCUGCCCCAGAAUGUUAUGUCAUGAAAGAAUGGGAUGUAGUCUUUAACAAACCAAGAGCAACAAUAGUUUCAGAACAAGAAUGUAGACAGAAACUUAAGAAAAUAAAAGUCGUACAAGUUGGUAUGAAGAUGUUAGAUGCUUGGGAUAUCUUAUUGUCAAAGUUAGAAGAUUUUUCAGUUCGUGGUAUAAAGUUCUAUACACCUUCUCCAAACUUCUAUUCUAUCUUCACUGGAUAUAA